AUCUUAGUCGGUAGUUGGGGUCAGCAAUUCUCCACCGCGCAGAAAGCGGCCAUUCCCACUUUCGGCACGCACACACUCGCUCUUAUUCUAUACAGAACUAGAAAGCAACAAUCUUCAUCUCUGCUCAUUUACCAAAAGUAUCUUAAAAAAAUCCAAAUGGCUUCUAUGUCCGUCUCUGCAACAAAGCAUACUCUAAUUCCUUCACUGCUCCAAUAUUCUCAAACCCCUAAAAUACUCUUCAGUCGGAAUCUAAGCAUUGUCUCAAGAUCCUCAAAAUCUAAUUUUUAUGGUCUUAAGAUCCUUCAUUUGCCUUCUUUAACAACCCCUUCUUCUUCUUCUUCUUCUUCUUCAACUAAAAGUUCCAUUUUUGCUAAGGUGGAUAAAGGUUCAGUGCCUCCACCAUUCACAUUAAAAGAUCAAGAUGGAAAAGAUGUGAGUCUCUCCCAGUUCAAAGGCAAGCCUGUUGUGCUCUAUUUCUAUCCUGCUGAUGAAUCUCCUGGUUGCACCAAACAGGCAUGUUCCUUUAGGGACUCUUAUGAAAAAUUCAAGAAAGCUGGAGCAGAAGUUGUUGGGAUUAGUGGUGACGAUCCGGAAUCCCACAAGGCGUUUGCAAAGAAAUACAGACUUCCAUAUACCUUGCUGAGUGACGAAGGCGACAAGGUUAGAAAGGAGUGGGGAAUCCCGGGAGACCUUUUUGGUGCAUUGCCCGGAAGACAAACUUAUGUGCUUGACAAGAAUGGAGUCGUUCAACUCAUAUAUAACAAUCAGUUCCAACCUGAAAAACAUAUUGAUGAGACACUGAAGCUACUUCAAAGUCUCUGAAUGUCAAACGUUUUCGCUCGAUACAUUUCUUUCCCACUGGCCAUCAAAUUUCUCUUAUAUUUAGUAUAUAUUUAUACAACCACUGUGGUUGGUGUCAAAGGAACUGUAAGGUUAGGGUAGUAAAAAUUAUGUGAUAGAUUGUUGUAUUACUAUUGUGAGUGAUGUAAAUUUGCGGGAAAGCCUUUGUACUGAUUGCACCGUAACUGCAUAUUAGAGUUCUUUCAAUGGUUCA